CCCAAAAUAACAACACUACAAUAGCAUACUCCCCAAUUCCCUCACCCUAUAGAAAAUUAAAAUCUAUGAAAUGGAAGAUCACUGUUGAAAACUAGUCAAUGUAGUGAAAGGCUUGUCCAUUUCCCCGUCCUUAUAUUUUAUUCUUGCAUCAAGCUUGCUUAUGCUUCUUCCCUCCCUAGCAUUAUUCCCAUCACAUUCCCCUCUUCCUUCCUUCCCACUUCCUAGUUCCUACUCUCCACACACCUCAUUCCAAUCCUAUCAUGGUGGUGUAGAGAGACAGAGAGGAGGAGACAGCAACCUCUGAGAGGUGGGAGGCUGGGAGCAGGCAUGGGAGAGGUGAAAGAGAAGGUUGUGAUGGAGAUCCUGCAAGAUGGUGAGAAGAGAUCUUCGGAGAACUCUGUACCACCUGCAGUUCUGGACCUCAACGAGGGCUUCAGCGAGGGGAGUCAUGGAGGGGAAAUCGGCGAGGAUGCUGAUGAUGACAACGAGGAGGAGGAGGACGACGACGAUGAAGGCGGUAGCACAAGUGAAGUUGCAGGAGCGGGCAGGAGUUCAAGCAACAGCAGCACCACCAACCACAAUUCCAGGAGCAACAACAAGGAUCAUGACAUGAAUAGCAGCAGCAAGGGCGAGGGCGACGGCGAGAGGGCGCCAACGGUGAGACAGUACAACCGGUCCAAGCUCCCCCGGCUCCGGUGGACGCCAGACCUGCACAUGGCGUUCGUCCACGCCGUGGAGAGGCUGGGAGGUCAAGAGAGAGCAACCCCAAAGCUGGUGCUUCAGAUGAUGAACGUGAGGGGGCUCAGCAUUGCUCAUGUAAAAAGUCACUUACAGAUGUACAGAAGCAAGAAGUUGGACCACGAGUCUGGACACGAGAGAGCAGCCAUCUCCUCCGUUUUCUCGCCCAUGGACUUCCACAUGAGGAGAGGAGACCAUCGCUUGUAUGACAUGUUCUUCCAGCGAGCUGCCGGCUCGUCGAUCUCCUCCAGGCUGCUCCACAACGGCGGGUUAUUCGGGUCAAGAAGCGCCGUCUCGCCGGAGGCCAGCAGGCUCUACGGGCUCCUCCAACGCCGGCAGCCCACCAUGCAAACCUUCGACUUCAAGAACUACAGUAGCCUCAGGAAUCAGGAGUGGACGUUCAGCCAGCACGCGGCGACGGCUGGCACCAUCAACGACCACGCCCCAGCGAAAGGGCUCAUCCACGACAUGAUCUUCAGAAAGGACGGCAAGCCGACGUCGCAUCUGUUCGACGUGCGGGAUGCCAUCGCCUCAAACCGGACGUCAUCGGCAGCCGCUGGUGCUGCCGAUCACGGCGGAAGGGUCGGGAGCUCUGAUUGGAUCGGCAGCAGCUCCCGGCCCCUGUCUAGGACAAUGUCGGCAACAGCCUCCACGGGCUUUGCGUUGGGCAGUCUCCAUCUCCUCCCUAGGGGGAGAGCCUCCACCGGUAGCAACGGCUACCACCCCAACGGCGACGCCAACACGACGUCGUCUGAUCCCAUGGUGACGCGGGAAGCCCUAGGCUCCCGGCUCGAGGCGCACCUAGAGCCCAAGAAUCCGAGCAAAGUGAUUGGCGAGAUGUGCACCGGGACCGCGGCGAAGAGGACGAAGGCGUCAAUGGAGGAGAACGGUGGGACGCCGGACUUGCAGCUGAGCUUGAGCCCCAACGUGGGAAGAGAUGCCGACAAGCAGGCAAAGAAGAGGAAAAUCCUAAGCAUCGCGUUAAGUGAGCAGGAGGAGGUGGAUAGCGAUAAGAUGCUGCCACUCUCGCUCUCGCUGUCACUCCGGGGCGGCGACAGCGGCGGCGAGGGGAGCGGCGGGGAUGCCGGGAGGUUAGAGGCAGCGACAGGUAGUAGCAGCAGCAGCAAGAAGGCCGCUCUGGGGCUGAGUACUUUGGAUCUGACCAUGUCGAUCAAGGCAUUGGAGUGAGAUCUUUCAAGUACUUGUCCCAAGGCCUUCCAAAACAUGCACACUGCACCAUGAGAUUAAGUAAUAAGAUUGUUAAGUUAACCGUGCUUCCAGACAAUAUAUACAAAUACAUAUCUUAUGCUCAGUGA